GCUCCCGCAGCCAGUGUGUGCGAUCAGCUGGCCGCUCUGUACUCGCUCUCUCUCGCCAUGUCGUCCGUAAUGUGCUGCUUCGGCUGCUGCGGGGACGGCGGAGCCGGACACAUCCCGCUCAAAGAGAUGCCGGCCGUGCAGCUGGACACACAGCAUAUGGGGACAGAUGUUGUUAUUGUGAAAAAUGGAAGACGUAUCUGUGGUACUGGUGCCUGUCUUGCCAAUGCACCUCUUCACCAGAAUAAAAGUUACUUUGAAUUUAAAGUUCAGUCGACAGGGAUAUGGGGUAUUGGAGUCGCGACGCAAAAGGCAAACUUAAAUCAGGUACCUCUUGGUCGAGAUGUUCAUAGUCUAGUAAUGAGAAAUGAUGGAGCCAUUUAUCACAACAAUGAGGAGAAAAGCCGACUCCCAGCAAAUAGUCUGCCCCAGGAAGGUGAUGUGGUGGGUAUCACUUAUGACCACGUAGAAUUAAAUGUAUAUUUGAAUGGCAAAAAUAUGCAUUGUCCAGCAUCCGGUAUCAGAGGAACAGUUUAUCCUGUUGUUUAUGUUGAUGACAGUGCAAUAUUGGAUUGUCAGUUUAGUGAAUUUUAUCACACGCCUCCAUCUGGGUUUGAGAAGAUUCUGUUUGAGCAACAGAUUUUUUGAAGACUGGACCAGUCCCAAUUCCUCCAAAGCUUCAACCCCUUGUCCCCCUACCUACAGCUUCUUCACAGUCCAUACUGAAAAUGUGCUUUAUAUUUAUAUCUCACCUGAUGCAGUCUUUGCAUUUUUUAUAUGUGUAAGUAUUUUGCAAGGUGCCCCCCACCUGCAGUGAUCACAUACCUGUUUAGCAUGGAAAUUUAUGAAUUCUUUGAAUUCUGAAAAGUUCUUUAAAAAGCAAUUUGUUGUCAGAUGGUGUAUAUGGAAAUAGAUCACUAAUCUCACA